AUGGCACCAAAGAGACAAACUAGAAGCGCCGCACAAAAGAGUGCUUCAAAUACUCCUGUUAAGGCACCAAAGGCCUCAACUGCUGAUAAAGAAGGAAAGACCGCUGGAACUCCUAAGAAGUCUGCGAAGUCCCAACCAGCAACUCCAAAGCAAACACCAUCCAAAAAGGCUGAUCUUUCAAAGAAGACUCCUGCUAAAAAAACCCCAGCUAAAAAGGCCGAAACUCCAAAGAAGACCCCAGCCAAAGCUCAAACUCCGAAGAAAACUCCAACCAAGAAGGCUCAAACUCCAAAGAAAACUCCAGCUAAAAAGGCCGAAACUUCAAAGAAGACCCCAGCCAAAGCUCAAACUCCAAAAUCCAAUAAUUCUUCAAAAACCAAGUCAGAAAAUACCAGUGCUCUCGUUUCUAAUAAGAUAUUACAAACUGCUAUUGAUGAAUUGAUUAAAUUUAAUGAAAGACAGUCUGGGGAAAAAGAAGAUGAAAACAAGCAAAGUUUGUUUGAUGGAGAAGACGAUGAAGCUUUGUUGAAAAAGGAACUUGAUGUGGUUAUUCAAUUCAAAAAAUUCUUGGGCUCCAACCCAUCCUUGAAACCAAGAUUAAUCAAAUUGAACAAUUCUUUAUACGAUACUAAGAAUGAAGCUCUUAAAAUCUGUUUGAUCAUUAGAGAUGAUAUCAUUAAGACUGAGGACCAAUUGGAAAAAAUUGAACAGGCCAAUAUCCCAUUCUUAGAGAAGAUCAUCCCAGUGAAAGAACUUUACAAAGAUCACAAGACUUUUGACCAAAAGAGACAAUUGUGGAACAGUUAUGACUUGUUUUUAGCUGAUGAAGGGGCUAUCACCAACUUGCCAGCCGUUCUUGGUAAACAAUUCUACGGUUCUUCCAAGAUCCCAGUCCCAGUCAAGAUCAUUUCUUCAGCCUCAUUGAAAAACAACACCAAUCAAUUCUCUAUUGAAACUACCAAGAACCAAAUUCAAAAAGUGUUGGACUCCACCACUUAUUUUGUCCCAGUGGCCAGUAACGUUCGUGUUAGCGUCGGUAAUAUUUCUACCAAUGACAAGAAACAGCUUGUUGAUAACUUGAGUGUUAUAUUAAACCACUUCGAAACCUCUAAAUUCAAUAAUGGAAGUGAGAAUGCCAUCAGAUCGAUAUUUUUGAAACUUAGAACCUCUCCUGCUUUGCCACUAUACUACGACAAGACAUUAUACUUGUCAAAGGCUGACAUUGCUGGGGAAGAAUCUGCUGAAAAGACUACUAAGGGCGAAGACCAAGUUGAAACUGAAAAGGAAUACGUUGUGGGUAGUGAGGCUGUUAUUGCUAAGGGUGUCAAGUUAUCUAAAUUCGAACAAGGUUUGUUGGAAUUGGGUCAAUUUGAAGAAGCUCCAGAAUUCAUCGAAAAGAAGGUAAAACAAAAUGCAAAAAAAGAAAAGAUGAUGCAAAAAUUGGAAAAUAAGAAGAGAAAGGCUGAACAAGAAACUGAGAAAGAAGCUUCUGUUUCUAAACCAAAAUCAAAGAAGAAGAAAACUAAAGCCUGA